AGAAGAAUCGAUGUUGUAUACUGAAAUCCCCAGUACAAUUCAUAACUAUAUACAGCUCUAUUGUUUAGCCCAAUUAAGGAGUAGUAUUGUUUUCAAGUGUUUUGGCCUUCAGGCAUGGAGAUGGCCAGGAAUCAAGUUUCUGGUGAAGGUAAUAUUGUCCCAGUGAAGAAAGCACACAUGGAGAUUUUGUUGGGGAAGAUGAGAAGAUUGCCUGGGUUAGUGUGGCAAACAACAUUGAAGGUUGGUAGAGAAGAUCCAAGAAGGGUCAUUCAUUCAUUGAAAGUUGGCUUGUCAUUGACAUUGGUCUCUCUGUUGUAUCUUUUGGAGCCAUUGUUUAAAGGAAUUGGACAAAAUGCAAUCUGGGCUCUCAUGACUGUGGUUGUGGUGCUUGAGUUCACUGCAGGGGCUACUCUUUGCAAAGGAUUGAAUAGAGGACUUGGUACUCUAGCAGCAGGGAUGUUGGCCUUUCUGAUUGAAACUGUUGCAGACAAGACUGGAAAUGUCUGUCGAGCUAUUUUCAUUGGAGUUGCAGUAUUUCUGAUAGGUGCUGCAACUACAUACACAAGAUUCUUUCCUUAUAUAAAGAAGAAUUAUGAAUAUGGAGUUGUAAUUUUUCUCUUAACCUUCAAUCUAAUAACCGUAUCAAGCUAUCGUGUCCAUGAUGUGUUAACAUUGGCACAUCAACGGUUCUACACAAUUGCGAUUGGCUGUGGUAUCUGCCUUUUCAUGAGUUUACUGAUUUUUCCAAAUUGGUCUGGGGAAGACCUCCAUAAUUCUACUGUCCUCAAGCUUGAAGGGCUAGCCAGAUCAAUAGAAGCUUGUGUUAAUGAGUACUUCCAAGAACCAGAGAGUCAUGGUAUUGAACAUAAAUUACCUGAAGACCCUAUUUACAAGGGUUACAAGGCAGUUCUGGACUCUAAAUCAAAUGAUGAGACCCUGGCAUUACAUGCAAGUUGGGAGCCAAGGCAUUCACUACACUGUUAUAGACAUCCAUGGCAACAGUAUGUGAAACUGGCAGCUGUUCUUCGCCAUUUUGGGUACACGGCUGUGGCUCUGCAUGGAUGCUUGCAUUCUGAAAUUCAGACACCACAUUCUGUACGAACUCUCUUCAGAGAUGCGUCCAUCCGAGUAGCAAGGGAACUAUCAAAGGUACUCAUGGAACUAGCCGACAGUAUUAGAAACCACCGUCGCUGCUCUCCGGAGAUACUAUCUGAUCAACUCCAUGAAGCAUUGCAAGACCUCAAUAUUGCCAUCAAAUCCCAACCUCGAUUAUUCCUCGGCUCAGAUCAUAACAAAGCAACCAACAUGCUAGCUGUGGCUGCUGCAACUGCAAAUCAGAAGUCUAAAAAGGACUCAGAGGUAAGAUUAUCCUCUGUCAAGACCGACACCUCAGCAUUGCUCGAAUGGAAAACCAAAAGGUGUAGGGACCAGUUCAAGGAGUCAGAACGUAAAAGCUUAAGGCCAACGUUGAGUAAGAUUGUUAUCACAAGCCUUGAAUUCUCUGAAGCACUCCCUUUUGCUGCUUUUGCUUCUCUGCUAGUGGAGGCAGUGGCAAAGCUUGAUCUUGUUAUUGAAGAGGUUGAAGAAUUGGGAAGGUUGGCAAGCUUCAAAGAGUUGAAACCUGGAGAUGAAAUCAUAAUUACUUGUGAGAAAACUCCAAGAAUGAACACUGGAGAUUCGCAACCACAGUAUGCUUCUGAGAUAAUGGACUGAUAAAUGGUGCUUCUGCAUGCUCUUUGAUGGCUACACUAGAUAGUUAUGAUGCAUCUCUAUUCCAGACAAUUAGUUGUUAGCAUGAAUUAAUUAUGUUCUUGCCAGAUCAAUAUGUUCAAACCAUUGCUAGAUUUCAUUGUGGAAGAAUCAUUCUUACUUCUUAGUCAGAUAAUUUAAAGUUGAAUUACAGAAAUCAAAGGCAUUAAAAGUGUGAUU